ACUGAUCAGUUGCAUCAGCUGACUCCUUGCAUCAUUAUGUUGGCCCUAACUGAGGCUACAUGCUGAAACAACUUCUACCAUUUUUUUCUCUCAUCAUGACGACAGGAACACGAGCAGCAUGCGUGGUAGAAAACGUCCUGUCGAAGAGAUUCAGGAAACCGAUACAGCUACCCAACUGCGUCAAGCUAACUAGUGAUAAAACAACUAACAGCGGAAACAUCUCCAUUUAGCCUCCGACGUAAAAGCAUUUGAGUGGGUCUUUUGCGUUGCUGCGACAAUCCAAAACCAACCUAGCAAAACACACUUUCACACUUGAGACAUUUAAGGAUGAUGUGUUCUGUGGAAAAUGCGUUUUCAUCCAACAAAACAGAUGUAACGUACGCUUGAUGCAAAACGGCUGAUAUCAAAGCAACCACGAGUUCUUCAUUGACGGUUAAACGUUUCUAUGAUAUGUACUAGGUCCCUUGUAUGACUGUUCGUAACGGUUUUAUUUUUCAACGGCUUUAACGGAAAUUCAAAAUAUUUCCGUUAGCUACCUAGACGCUGGUCCGCUAACUUCUGUGUGGUCAGCCAACCGAGGCAUGGGGUCCUUUGACUGCCUGUUUUUUUCGUGGUAACGUUAAAAAAAAUAAUGAAAACGUCGUGUUGAGUGUGAUGCUACGGUCGGUAUUUAUUGUGUCAUUUCAUUUCAGCCGUUGAAAACGGAAACACCAGCCUGUGCGGAACAGCGAACUCUUCUCUGUAUCCUUCACCUUCUCGACCAGCGUCCUGUGAACACUGCUAGCUAUGAUGUGAUUGUGACUAACUGCCGUCGAGGGGAAGUUAUAAUUGACAUUAUCAUUAGCUGAAUGGCUACAGCAGCAUAUUGUUUGUCUCCGUUCACCGCCUGUAUGCUGUUAUUUCGAUAGCCGUUUUGAACUCCGCAUCGGGAGGGACCGCUACUGUUCAUUUCUUGGCGGAAAUAACCGAACAGACUGCAUCCACGGCACUGUAGUUGAGCUACAUCCGAAAAAAGAUGUCUUUUUUCAAUUUUCGGAAGAUAUUCAAGUUAGGGCCUGAUAAGAAGAAGAAGCAGUAUGAACAUGUACACAGAGACGUCAACCCAGAGGAGAUUUGGGACAUCAUUGGGGAACUUGGAGAUGGAGCGUUUGGGAAAGUAUACAAGGCUCAAAACAAGCAGAAUGGGACCCUCGCUGCCGCCAAGGUUAUUGACACAAAGACAGAGGAUGAGUUGGAGGACUACAUGGUAGAGAUUGACAUUCUGGCCUCCUGUAACCAUCAUCACAUUGUUAAACUGCUGGAUGCCUUCUAUUUUGAAGGAAAACUUUGGAUUCUGAUUGAGUUCUGUGCGGGUGGCGCAGUGGAUGCCAUCAUGCUGGAACUCGAGCGGCCACUGACAGAGCCCCAGAUCCGCGUGGUGUGUAAACAGACCUUGGAUGCCUUAAUCUACCUCCAUGAGAACAAGGUCAUCCACAGAGACUUGAAAGCUGGGAAUAUUCUCCUCUCCUUGGAGGGAGAUGUGAAACUUGCUGACUUUGGGGUGUCUGCUAAAAAUACCAAGACGUUACAGAGAAGAGACUCUUUCAUCGGCACUCCGUAUUGGAUGGCCCCAGAGGUGGUGAUGUGCGAAACUUCCAAGGACCGUCCAUACGACUACAAGGCCGACAUCUGGUCCCUCGGGGUGACCCUGAUAGAGCUGGCGCAGAUUGAGCCACCCAACCACGAGAUGAAUCCCAUGAGAGUGCUGCUGAAAAUAGCCAAGUCCGAGCCGCCCACACUCAUGCAUCCCUCUCGCUGGUCGCCAGAAUUCAGUGACUUCCUGCGGAAAGCACUUGAUAAGAAUGUGGACAAUAGGUGGGGCCCUGUACAGCUUCUACAGCAUCCUUUUGUCACUAGUGUAACUGAUAGCAAACCUCUCAGAGAGCUCAUAGCUGAGGCCAAAGCUGAAGUCACAGAGGAGAUUGAGGACAGUAAAGAGGAAGAAGAGGAAGAAGAGGCUGAAACACCUCUGGCGGCUUCUGGACACAAGCGAGCACCAUCAGAUGCCAGUGUGGCCAGCUCAGAGGAUGACAAAGUUCCACCAACUCCUUCCACGCUGGAAUCCGUUAAGGAAAAGACUGAGGCUGAAGCUACUGAGGACAGGACCAGUGAUAAGCUGUCUGACGAAGGACUGGGAACAAGUGAGGUAGACAAGACAGAGGAGGAGAAACUCAAUGAAGUGUCUGAUACCAGUAAUGAAGACCUGGCCUCCAGGCAAAUAGAGCCACCCAAGGACUUUAUCUCACAAGAUUCUACAGAGCCUAAACCAGAAGAUGGUCAAGCUGAAGAGAUUUCUGCUGAGCCUGUAGUAUCACAGCCAGAAGAAUCUUUAGAUGCAGUGCACACCCAAGAGCCUGUGACAGAGGGUCAAGAAACAACAGAGGAACCGAAGGAGACACAAGAAGAGACAACUGAGGGUGAAUCUCCACAAGUAUUAGAGGUAGAAAAAGAGCCCGAAGAGGUGACAGAAGAGGAAGAAAAAGAAGCAGGUACGGAAGAAAGUGAGUCAAAUCAACGGCUUACUGAAACUAGAGAAUCAGAGGAGAAACUUGAAGAUACACCAGAAAAGCCAGAAUCCAUAUCAGAAGUAGAGCAGGCAGAAGAAGAAGGCAAGGAACCAGAUGAGGAGAUUCCUCAACACAAAGUGACAGAGGACAGAAUAUCAGAUAUGGCUAAUGGCACAGAUGUAAAUAUGGACAAAGAGAACAACAUAGAAUCAAGCCCAGAAUCAAAUGUAAUGGACACAAAUAUAGAUGGAGACACAGAAACAAAGUCAAAUGUGGAUGAGUCCUCUGCUGAGGUUUUGGUUGAGAAGGAGGUUGCAGAAAAUCAGCCAAGUGAGGUGACAGAAGAGAAGCCUGAGGAGAAGGCCCCUGAGGAGGCAGAGCAGCCUGAACAAGAGAAUCAGGCCAGAGAGGAGAUUGACGUGGAGGAGGAGGCACCAACUGAAUUCACAAAUGGAGUCUGUGAUGAAGUCAAAGACACCUCUGAGGAUUCGGAACAAGCGCUCCCAUCUAAGGAUGUCCCUGUGAAGGAAGAUGAGGAGAAAACUACUUAUGCAGAUGAGAGCACAUCACAAAAUUCUGUCUAUGUCCCAGAGAGUGAAACUGAUUCAGAAACCAAGACAGAACAGGGAAGCCCUGCUGUGAUCAAGCCGGAUGUGGAGAAGGACUCUGACUCGGGAAGCAGCUCUGCUGCCGAUAGCAACAGCCUUGACCUCAAUCUGUCCAUCUCCAGCUUCCUGUCCAAGAGCAAAGAAGGGGGCUCAGUGUCAAUGCAGGAGUCAAAACGUCAGAAGAAGACUCUGAAGAAGACACGUAAGUUCAUGGUGGAUGGUGUGGAGGUCAGUGUGACAACAUCAAAAAUAGUGACAGAUAACGACACCAAGAGCGAGGAGAUGAGGUUCCUGAGGCGGCAGGAGCUGAGAGAGCUGCGCCUCCUGCAGAAAGAAGAGCAGAGGGCUCAGCAGCAGCUCAGCAACAAGCUGCAGCAGCAGAGAGAGCAGAUCUACCGGCGCUUUGAACAGGAAACUACAGCUAAGAAGCGUCAAUAUGAUCAAGAAGUGGAGAACCUGGAAAAGAAGCAGAAGCAAACCAUCGAGCGCCUGGAGCAGGAUCACACCAGCCGGCUCCGAGACGAGGCCAAACGCAUCAAAGCGGAUCAAGACAAGGAGCUCUCCAAGUUCCAAAACAUGCUCAAGAACCGGAAGAAAGAGGCAGUGGCCCAGGUUAUGAUACAGUCUUUUCAGUUGUCCUCAUGUGCACUCUUCAACGCUCAGAUGCAGGAUGAGCAGGAGUUCCUACAGAAGCAGCAACAGGAGCUGGAUGGAGCUCUGAAGAAAAUCAUCCAGCAGCACAAACUGGAGAUCGCCACUAUUGAGAGGGACUGCCUUAACCACAAGCAGCAGCUGAUGAGAGCUCGAGAGGCAGCUAUGUGGGAGUUGGAGGAGCGCCACCUGCAGGAGAAGCACCAGCAGCUGAAGCAGCAGCUGAAAGACCAGUACUUCCUACAGAGACACCAGUUGCUGAAGAGGCAUGAGAAAGAGAUGGAGCAGAUGCAGCGCUACAACCAGCGGCUGAUUGAGGAGAUGAAGAACAAACAGAACCAAGAGAGGGUUCGUCUGCCCAAGAUCCAGCGCAGCGAGGCCAAGACCCGCAUGGCCAUGUUCAAGAAGAGCCUCCGCAUCACUGCCACUGCCAGCGUGACUCCAGAACAGGAGAGAGAACGGAUAAAACAGUUUGCUUCUCAGGAAGAAAAGAGGCAGAAGAACGAGAGGCUCCAUCAACACCAGAAGCAUGAGAACCAGAUGAGGGAUCUGCAGCUGCAGUGUGACUCAAACAUCAGAGAGCUGCAGCAGCUACAGAAUGAGAAAUGCCACCUGCUGAUUGAACAUGAGACCCAAAAGCUGAAGGAGCUGGAUGAGGAGCACAGCCAGGAGAUAAAGGAGUGGAGAGAGAAGCUCAGACCCAGGAAGAAGGCGUUGGAGGAUGAGUUCACACGGAAACUCCAGGAGCAGGAGGUCUUCUUCAAGAUGAGCGGUGAAUCCGAAUGCCUUAACCCCACCACCCAGAGUCGAGUAUCCAAAUUUUACCCCAUCCCGAACCUGCACAACUCCGGUUCAUAGCCUCGAAUCAAACUUGGCUGCGCUCACAGACUCUUCCUGGUGGAGUUUGCAUCAUUUCUCUGACCGUUACUGAUAAACAUGAAAAUGUCUCCACUGCUUUGAUUCCACCUUUAGUGAGCAUGACGUGCCUAAACACCGUUCCCUCACUUAAUCAACUCUUCUCUGCUCGUUGGGAAAUGUCCAACUGGACAAUAUGCACUUUUAUGAGCAUGUUCAAAAAGUUAAAAGUCUGCAGUAGGUAGCUAAGGCCAAUCAUGCUUAUCAGAAGCAUUGUAAGCACAGCCUGCUACAGUAUGAAUGAUCUCCAGUGCCUCAUAUGUUCCUUUUUUUUGUUUUGUUUCUGCAUUUAGGGCCCUUCCAUGUCUUUAUUACAGCUUGCGGUAAAUACAGGGCCCCCUGAAUGUUUUGCACUUAAAUACCUGGAUAUCGUUUUCAUCCAUAAUCACAAGGUGUUGAGAGAUAAUUUGAAUCAUUUCAUAAGCUGGUGAUUAAGCCAACUCUGUCUGUUUUGCUGCAUGUAAGAUAGAGCUGGUUCAGGGGAGAUGAGUCAGAAAAAGUCUGUAGUUGUAAGGCUUUGUUAUGGCUGUGUAGUCUUAUGUGCCCAGUGUGUAAUGUCGUAAUGGGAGUCAAAAACAGCAGCGUGUUGGGAUCAUAAGGCUGUGAUUUAAAAGCAAGUGGAAUGUACUGUGUUGUGAAUCAUGCGCUGAGUAAAAUGUUACAUGUGCGUAGCUACAUAUGAAGUCCAAUCAGAUACUGUGCUUAACAUGAUUAUUUUAGUCUUUUAGAGUCGAAUGAACAAAAAUAUACCUAUUGCUUUCGUACAUAAUUUCAUUUCAUUGCUGUACUCCAAAACACACAUUCCCCUGUUUAGUUAAACACAGAGGUGGCCUGUUACUUCCUGGAGAAUGAUGAAAUACUCAUAUAAGUAUAUUAAAAAAUCACUUGUCCUUUUUUGGGAGUUAUUCUGAGACGUGUUCUCAUGAGCGAAUGCUUUUUUUGUGUGAAGUAUGAACACAAAUGCAUACUAAAGGAAUGUAAAGCUGUUGAUUUGCACUGUUUUGCCACAUGAGCUAAAAAAGAUAUGCAGUAGUAAACUGUCAUGUGUUUUUGACAGAGUCACCUUUGUCUCACCCAAGCCUAUUCGAACUCCAAACUGACUGAAUUGUUUUUGCCUGCUUUUCUUUUUUACUUAUGAUUUUACCUUUUUUUUUUUUUUCCAAAUAUGCCCUUAUUUUAUGACCACAGCUAGUUUUCUAAACAUGUAUUCCUGAUAUAUUGAUGCUGUAAUCGCUCUUUAUGAUGAGCUUUUGUUCUUUUUGAGACCAGUGUUGUAUGAAAGGUAAAAUGCUGUAUCUGUAACUCCUUAACUGUAUGAAUUUCAUCAUGUGAGAUGUUCCUCGCUGUAUUUUACGAGUAUUGAUGGCUCACAAAAAGAGACCCAUUUCAAGAGAAAGAUACCUGAUUGGUUUAUUUUGCCACUAUAUCAUCAGUGCAUGUUAUCAGUUCUCUAUAUGCUGACAUUAACAUUAACAUAGUGUUUUGUCAUGAAUGCUGGAUUUUUAUUGGGGUUAUUUGAGGCUGUGUCUUGUGAAUGACACCAUACGGCCCAUAGAUUUCAAAUAUUUUUUUAUUUUGUUAAGUUACAGCAUUUUGAUGUGUUGACAGUCGUCAUUCUAUCACAAUGAAUAUUCUUAGUAUAUGCAUUUUUGAUGUCAGAUCAAAUGUAUUUAGUGUCUUUAUAAAUGGACAUUUUUGUUGUAAAUAAAAUAAUGACUGUUUAUUUGGA